UUGCGUCCCAACGACGCCGCUUCACGUGCGGUCGCUUUAUAUCGUGGCGCCGCGCCUGCGCAAUGAACUAUCAAACUACUCUCAUUCAAAACACCAUUAUCUAAACAUCUACAUCUCACUAACCCAAUAUCUCCUGAUCAAACAAAAGCUAAAUAUUUAUUAUUUGUGACCUGUGCUGUUGCGUUACUAAAAUGGACUUGACGGAAUGGAGCAUAUGAUUUCAGUGUGUUAUGAUUAUUCAGUGAAUAAAAGUGAUAGUGAACGAUAUAACUGUGAUAUACAUCUGACAAGGACAUUUAAGAUACGGGUAUGAAUCGGUCGAGUGUCGUGUGAACGUGAGGUCGUCUCGAUGACGUCAAGAUUGAGCCCGGCCGGCACUCGAUAACUGGGUCGACGGUACUGCGGAGCACUCCUCGGCGCUUGACUCUUGAAAUGCGGAUAGGGGUGCGGACUUAAAGUGCGUGUGUAAAAAACGAUGCAUGGUUUGUGAGGUCGGAGCGGCGGUCAUGGACAUGAGCGAGGGCGGCGCGGGCGCGGGGGCGGGCGGGGCGUUGCAGCAGCGCUGGUACGACAGCCGCGUCAACGGCAGCCCGGCCGGCGGCGACGUCGAGGCCAACGGGGACGGCUUCUUCCACUCGCCGCUGGAGGGCAGCCACCACAGUCGCGCCCGCUACUACCACCAGCAGAUGCACGCCCCUUACUCGCCGGCGGUUGGCUCGCAUGGUCGAACGCUAAGCGGUGGCAGCGGGCAGGUUUGCAGGCCGCACUUCCACACGCCGCUGCAUCCCUGGCUCGAUUCCAAAGCGUUAGGCAGCGGAGCCUGGGGCGGGGGGUUCCAGCAAGACACGCCCGCCGACAAGCCCCUCUCCCCCGCGCAGCAUCCUCACCCCCAUCCUCUGUUCUCCUUUCCCCCCACGCCACCAAAAGACUCCACGCCCGACUCCGUCGCCGCGGCGGCGCUCGGCCAGCAGGACUACCAAGCGGCCGUCGCGCACGCCACGGCGAUGAGCGUGGCGUUCAUGCAGCAGCAGCAGGAGCUCCCGCUGUGCGGGGACGUUAAGCCCAUGAUGGGCGCGCCGCCUUCGAAACAACGCGAAGGUGCGCAGCCGGACACGUGUCCCCAAGAGAGCCAGCCCUCCGGGGAGUACAACGCGCAGUACAACUCCGGCGACUACUAUAACUACCAGGGGAAGGGGUAUAGCGGGCAACAGCAGAGUAAACCGCGGCCAAACAAGACGCGAACUAGCGCCGAGGGUCGAGAAUGCGUUAACUGCGGGGCAACGAGUACACCCUUAUGGCGACGCGACGGCACCGGCCACUACCUCUGCAACGCCUGUGGACUCUACUACAAGAUGAACGGCCAGAACAGGCCCCUCAUCAAGCCCAAGCGGAGACUGGUGAGUUCGCUACAAAGUGCGGCGCGGCGGGCGGGUACGUCGUGUGCGAACUGCAAGACCACAACGACGACGCUGUGGAGGCGCAACCAGAACGGCGAACCCGUGUGCAACGCGUGCGGGCUUUACUACAAACUACAUAAUGUGAACCGGCCAUUAACGAUGAAGAAAGAAGGCAUCCAGACGCGGAACCGCAAGCUGAGCAGUAAAAGUAAGAAGAAGAAAGGAGGCAUGGGCAUGGGUGGUGGCGGUGCGUGUGCGCUUGCUUUGGGCGGGGUCAUGGGCGACAUGAUCAAGCCUCUCGGCGAUGCUACCAAGGGCUUUGGUGGCUCCGCGUUCCCUUCUGCCAUGGACUUUGGUCAGCAUCAAGUAGGCUUAGUUCAUCCGGCGGCAGCACAUAUGUCGCAUUGGUACGGCGCGCCGCACCAAGGGUUCGCUCCUCCCCCCACGUCACACAACCCCUAUCAUCACCACCACCUCGCGCAACUAAAUUCUAUGACCGGCUGGAGGAGUGAGUAUACGUGAUAAGUCAACCAAACAAGAGCAUAACCUGGUAUGUCGGUGAUUAUGUAGGCAUAAAGUCCCUCGGACGGAGCGACCCUAAACAAAGGCAUCACAAAAAUAGAUACUGUGAUUUCACUUGUAGUAAUUAAACAGAAAUGUAACAAUGCUUUUAAAGCGAAACGUUUUAUGACAUGUUUUUUUGAUUAGGCAAUAAUAUUACUGUGAUGAUUUCAAACGUAAAUUGUAACGCAUUUGACACGUCAAAAUUUCAAUCAGUAAUAUUUUUGUUAAAAGCAAAGUUGCGUAAUAAAUUUCGUCACAGACGUCACAUAACGUUUUGCAUUAAAAGCGUUAAUUACCUACACGUACUUUGACACGUCACACUAAUUUAUAAGACUGUUGGACAGAAUUGAUGUUUGUAACGCUAUACAAACGCACAUUUCAACAUUUGAAUUGAAGAACAUAUCUGAUACGUAAAUACCUAAAUACCAAUGUGGUUCCCAGUGAAUGGCUUUUAUAUUCCGUCAUAUUGUUCCCUACAAGUAUUAAAAUCUAUGCGUCGUGUUACACUGAACUGUCAAAUUAAUAAAAUUCUGGAGUCUGACACUAAAAAUUCUGACUGCAUCUGCUGUUGCAAUUGCAAUAUAUCGAGGUAGCUCAUAAAGAGCAAAAUAUGAUUUAAUGAAAUGCUUAAAAUACCGUCAGGACUUAAAGUAUCUAUAUUCGUUUAGUAAGAAUAUUAAAAAUCAGAUAUUUUUUUUGAAUUUACAGUUCAGUGUGAUUCGAUUUUACAAGAUAAAGUAACUAGCGAAAUUGUACAGUAUUAUAAUAUAGUUAAGGUCAGUUACUAUGUCCGCUUAGAUGAUUUAUAUAAAUAUAUUAAGUAGGUACUGUUCGUAAACAAUUUAUAUGUAUUUUGUAAAUAAUAUCUUAUUAAGUUAUAUUCCGUUCCUGUAUAGAUUGUUUUUAUUAUUGUGUUAUUGUAUUUAAUUUGAACUGUUCAGUUCGCUAUAGGAAUUGUGAUGUGUUCAAAAAAAUAUUCCAGAUAUUUCUUUUGUAAAUUCGAUUCGUGUAGUCUUAUUAAAAUGCAAUAGUAAUUUAUAUAAAUAGUUGUAAUUCAUGCGAGUUGUAAAUAACUUUACGGUAAAAAAUAUUAUCAGUAUGGACUGGUAUCCGUGGGGAUAUCAACCGCAAUUUUCUUAUUUACUUAAUUCAAUAUAGGUCACAAAAUUGGGUUAGUUCAAACUGUUGUAAAAUCAUGUUGAUUUUUUUUUCAUUCAAAAUAAAUUAUUACAAUAAUAUUUUGCAUUACGGUACCUUCAUAAAAUUAAGAUAAUAUUGUGUGGCCAUAAAUUUAUCACGAAACAUUGUUUUUAAGAGCGAUGAUUAAAUAAGAAAAUUAAAAGUGGUUUCUCAAAAACAAUGUUUCCGAACCCAAAAGUAUGUAAAUAUAAAAAAAAAUGUAAAUGACCUUAGAAAAUAAAACUGUCAAAAUAAUAAAAUGUAAAUUAGCGAUCACCGCAGAACAGCCUGUAACGAUAUCCCGUACCUAAAGUUUUUAGUUUUUAAAACAAAAUAUUGUGAAGUUGUGUAUUUUAAAUAAAAUUGCGAAUAAAUUAUCAAUACUUAUUGAUAUUUCAA